UCUACUCCACGGUUGACGUUGUUGUUGUAAGUGGUGGAGAAAUUACUUUGUCGGUGGCGGUCCGGUUUGGGAUUUUACGCGUAGUUCCACCUCCUGAAGAUGCUAAAAAGUUAAGAAGUGCCGGUCCUGGAGCCGUACAAGCCAUUCACAAGUCGACACUUGCUGGAAAACUAAAUGGGACGAUGAAAAAAACAUCUGCGAGGCCGCUGAAGGUGUGGCUGGUAUAGGAAGUAGGACGAGGUAGAGGACUGGACCCCCUCACCCCUUCCCUUGCUGUCCUGUCAGGGAGAGCAGAGUCCGUGUUUGUUUUUUGGUUUUUUUGGGGUUUUUUUCUGUCCGGACACAACCCGCAAACUUGUGAAUUCAUGAUCACAUGACCGUGGAUAUGGACGCAGUCCUGUCCGACUUUGUCCGUUCCACUGGAGCUGAACCAGGAUUGGCCAGAGAUCUGCUAGAGGGCAAGAACUGGGAUAUCACUGCUGCCCUCAGUGACUUUGAGCAGCUACGACAGGUGCAUGCCGGGAACCUGACGUAUUCGUUCGAGGAUAGGAUGUAUCUGCCCCCCGAAAAGGAAAUGGCCAGGGUAGCGCGGCCUAUACUCCACCGCCAAGAUGAGGUGGUGCAAGCAGCAACAGAAAAGCGCCUGUCGAGGGGAAUUUCCCAUGCCAGUUCAACCAUUGUGUCCUUGGCCCGCUCUCACGUCUCAAGCACUGGAGGUACCAGUAGUGAGCCACUUCUGGACACGCCCUUGUGCACUUUCCAACUACCAGACCUCACCGUAUACCGGGAUGACUUCCGUGGCUUCAUCGAAAGAGACCUUAUUGAGCAGUCGAUGAUGGUGGCCUUGGAGCAUGCUGGGCGACUAAACUGGUGGACGAAAGUGGUUUCAAACUGUCAGAGUCUGCUGCCUCUGGCAACAAGCGGAGAUGGAAAUUGUCUGUUACAUGCAGCCUCGCUUGGUAUGUGGGGUUUUCAUGACCGGGACCUGAUGCUACGAAAGUCUCUGUAUGCGCUGAUGGAUCACGGAUUGGAGAGAGAAGCACUGAAGCGCAGGUGGAGGUGGCAGCAGACCCAGCAGAACAAAGAGUCUGGUCUGGUGUACACGGAGGAGGAGUGGCAGAAAGAGUGGAAUGAACUGUUGAAGCUAGCCUCCAGUGAGCCGAGAAUACACUACAGCACCAACGGCACCAACGGGGCGGAGUCCUCUGAUGAACCAGUUUAUGAGAGUUUAGAGGAGUUUCACGUCUUUGUCUUGGCUCACGUCCUCAGAAGGCCCAUAGUUGUCGUGGCUGACACUAUGCUGAGGGACUCUGGAGGAGAGGCCUUUGCUCCAAUCCCGUUUGGAGGCAUCUACCUACCACUGGAAGUGCCAGCUGCCAAGUGCCAUCGCUCGCCCCUGGUCCUGGCAUACGACCAGGCGCACUUUUCUGCCCUGGUCUCCAUGGAGCAGAAGGACAGCUCCAAAGAGCAAGCAGUUGUGAUCCCUCUCACAGACUCAGAGCACAAAAUGUUGCCUCUGCACUUUGCUGUGGACCCUGGAAAAGACUGGGAGUGGGGCAAGGAUGACACAGACAACGUGAUGCUGGCAAGUGUGGCUCUCUCUUUGGAGGCCAAGCUCCAGAUGUUACACAGCUACAUGACGGUCGCCUGGCUGCCCCUGCCCUGUGAGCAAGCCCCUCUGGCACAGCCCGAGUCUCCCACAGCAUCAGCCGGAGAGGAUGCCCGCACUCCUCCUGACUCAGGAGAGUCAGACAAGGAGUCAGUCAGCAGCAGCUCCAAUGGCAAUGGAGACACAACCACAGGAUCAGCGGUUAAUGGAGGUGGGUCCCUGGCCAAGAACAGCACCUCUUCCUCAUCUAGUUCCUCCAGCGGUGGAUCGGCGGCAGCGGGAGCAGGAAAGGACAAAACCAAGAAGGAAAAGGACAAAGAUAAAGACAAGAAGAGGGCAGACUCCGUGGCCAAUAAGCUUGGCAGUUUUGGCAAAAGCCUGGGCAGCAAGCUGAAGAAAAACGUGGGUGGACUGAUGACAGGAAAGAACGCUGGAGCUGGAGGUGUCAAGCAGGAGGGUGGGGAGAAGAAGAAGGGCUCGUUUAGGGGGAGGAAGGGCAGCAAGGAUGGCUCGCCUUCAGCCCACACCUCAGAGGAUUCUGGGAAAGGCUCCCCCUCCUCAGGUAGUGAGCGUCUCAACGGAACAGGGAGCAGUAUGAGCAGCAGUGGUGGGAGCAGUACUGAGAGUGAUACCUACAAGUACAGCGCUGAUGUCAAGGUCAGUCUGGGUAUCUUGCGCGCCGCCAUGCAGGGUGAGAGGAAAUUCAUCUUUGCCAGCCUUCUCACUACCAGCAACCGGCAGCCCUUCCAGGAGGAGAUGAUCCAGCGCUACCUCACGGAUGCGGAGGAGCGCUUUCGGGCUGAGCAAGAACAACAGCGCCGUGAUGCAGAGAGGAAGGGUGUCACCAAUGGCAUCCAACUACCUAAGAAGGAGGCAGUUGGUGGUACAGAGCUAAGCUACCGGCCUUACGAGGCCAAAGAGGAACUGUCAGAGAACUCCUCAACUUCCUUCAACCAACUCAAACCCUCUCCUUUGAGCCCCUCUAUGUACUCUGGUGUUGUGCCCAUCCCCAGGCCCUCCUUCAUAGACCAGCCUCCCGCUGCAGUACCCCUCACCCAGCACCUUCAUAUGCAUGGCUACAUGGACACUCGGCGCCAGCUAGCUGGCGGUUCUCCAGCAACCUCCUACCCCGGCCUCCCCUCUUACGCCACCCUUCCCCGGCACUGCCCCACAACGCAGGGUCCCUCCCAUGUCCAGUACAAUAACUCACAAGGCCCCGCCUCCCUGAGUCCCUCUCGCCUCGCACCCUCAUAUCCCCCUGAAUUCGACCCACCAGAUUACCCUGGGUCUGAAACCGCUGGUGGGAGUUACACAAACGGCUUCCGGGACAUGCGCUCCAACUUAGACUCUCGGAGUGGGCAACCCCCAGUCAGACACUACUCACUGGGCAGCGCCGGUGGUUUGGCCAGCCUGCAGUCCAGCCGCUGUCGGACACCCAGCUGCACCUACUACGGACACCCCGAAACGGGCAACUACUGCUCCUACUGCUACCGGGAAGAGCUGAAAAAGAGGGAGACAGAACCAGCCAUCCACAGGUUCUGAAUGGACCUUUCUAUGGCUUGAAUUUGAUGAGUGGCCUUUUUCAGUUAAAAAAAAAAUAACGGCUGGGGCGGAUCAGCCUCUGAAUGGACAAGAGAAAGGCACAACCAGCUCCCUCCCUUUUUUAGCUGUGUCACUUCCUGUUGGAAUAGACCUCAGAAAGUGUCAGAAAGUCAACAUGACUACAGAAUAAACAGGGUGGUUUCUGACUGCUGGGGUCACAUGUUAAACCAUAGAAUAAACUAACUGCACUUCUGUUA